UAACAGACGAUAAAAUGUAGCUUCUGUUUCACAUCCUGCAUUUGCUUUUUAAAUCCAUGCAGCGUGUUGACUUCCUUUAAACCCAGAGGGAAGUGUAAUAGCAACAGGAUUCUGCUUUAUUGUAAUUAUUUUAGAAGAUAAGAAAAGAGAAGCAUCCACAUCUCAACGGGAGAUUUUUUUUCUAAAAUAGAACUGAAAAUAAAUACAUUUUGAUCUCUAAUUUUAAAGAGUAUUUACCAUGGAAGAAUGAGCAGGCUGCCUACAUGUUUACCAUUUAGAUAUUUUGUAUCCUACUCACUUUUGAUCUUGUACAACUUGAAGGAAUUCCAUUCAUUUCUUUUCCAUCUCUGAAAAUGGCAAAUGAAACCUCAGAUGCUGCUAUUUACAGUGCUGUCUAUAUCGGAGUGGAAACUGUGAUUGGAAUAUCAGCGGUUUUGGGUAACAUUCUGGUGAUUUGGGCUGUUAGAUUAAACACAAGUCUUCAAAACACAACCUUUUAUUUCAUUGUAUCUCUGGCACUGGCAGACCUAGCAGUAGGUUUCUUAGUCAUGCCACUGGCUAUUGUUCUUAGCCUGGGAAUGCACUUUCAUUUCCACUCGUGCUUAUUUAUAUGUUGCCUCAUCAUCAUAUUAACCAACGCUUCCAUCCUUUCCCUGCUGGCCAUAGCCGUUGACCGGUAUCUGAGAAUUAAAAUACCAACCAGGUACAGAAUUGUAAUUACAUCCAGGAGAAUUUGCUUGUCCAUCUGCACUGUUUGGAUAAUAUCUUUUCUGGUGGGUAUGGUGCCAAUGUUUGGAUGGAACAACAGGUCCAGUCUCAGCGAAGAACACCAGCAUUACCUCAACUGCACAUUUGAAAAUGUUAUGAGUAUGGAAUAUAUGGUCUACUUUAAUAUUUUUGGGUGGGUGAUUCUCCCAUUGAUAACCAUGUUGAUUUUGUAUAUUGAAAUUUUCUAUCUCAUAAAAAAGCAACUGAACCAAAAUAAUUCAAAAAACGUGAGGAGAGGAGUGUUUUAUGGAAAAGAGUACAAGACUGCGAAAUCCCUAGCAUUGGUCUUAUUGCUUUUUGCAUUAAGCUGGUUACCAUUGUCCAUUCUGAACUGUGUACAGUUCUACAACCCGAAUGUGAAGAAUCUCAGCCUAUAUCAGCCCACAAUAUUUCUCUUUAUAUUGUUGUCCCAUGCCAAUUCUGCAAUGAACCCCAUCAUCUAUGCUUUUAAAAUAAAGAAGUUUAAAGAAGCCUACAUUCAUAUUCUAAAAACAAUCUUAAUGCAGAAGUCUCAGGUACCCGAUACUGGCAAUGCUGAACACACAAUGGAAGAAAUAUCUAAAGACUAAACUGAACUGAAACUGAAAAAUGUGGGAUGGUUAAUGACAUAUAUCAUAUAUUUUAACACAAGAGGAAAGUUCAGGUCUCUAUAUUAAGGUGCAGAAACACCUACACAAUAUUCUAAUGUUAAUGAAUUAUUUCUGUCUCAUCUUGUUUUUUAAAUGUCUGGGUAUAAAAUGGCAUUAAAUACAUCAUUCAUUUCUUUUCCCCUAGUGAUAUUACUUUAUACUCAAAGGUAAUUUUCUUACUGGAGUAACUGGGUUGUCUGGAAAAAAGUGUAUUACUCAAAAAGUAGAUUUCACCUAAUCUGAAGUCAAACAGCAUUUCACUUAUAGAUAGGACAAAAUGUGCUGAAUUAAAUUUGUGAUAUCAUUUUAAGAAAUCAAACUGUGGUAAAAUACCUUGUCUUUUAACGAGGAAGUGAAAUUAGAGUAUUAAAAUAUGCUGUAAAUGGCAGAAAAGUUCAAGUGCAAAUUUGCAGAAGUCCAAGUCUAUAUGACAUUUCUUUAUGUAGGUAACUGUAGGAUGAUUUAAUAGGGUGUAUAUUAUACUGUAGAUUAUUAUUAUAUUAUACAGGGGUUAUUUACUUUUUCCCAGGGAACAGGUUAAAGUACUAAGGGGUGCAAGAACAUGCCCCUUAGUGCCCAUUUAAGCACUUGUGCCCUGAGGAAUGCUGCGCUCUCUCACUCCCUAACUUGCACAUCUGAAUGUAGGUUAGCUGACAGGUAAAGGGCAGUCGGGUGGCACAUACGUCCCCCUUUUCUACAACUUUUCACCAAUACAGUGCUGAUGAAUUUAGUCAGCAUUGUAUUUGUGGGGGUAGCCAUAUGGCUCUGUGCUAUGCAGCAAUUUGGAAUUAAACAGAAGGCAGUAUUACAUAAAUGACUCCUAACAUGACUUUAUAAAAUAAUUAUAUUAAGGAUAAUGUAGGGAGGACACAGAAAGAGCUGCACAAUUUCGUUUUUUGUGUCAAUUUUUAGCUGAAGGAAUUUAUUAACAGACUAUUUUCAAUAUGUAAUUAAUCGUGAAUCACCUGGAGUAAAAUAAGACACAUUAGCCAAUACAAUCUACCAUACAAUUAUUUUUAGAUAGACCUUUAUAUUUAUGCAACCACCUGGGUUUGGUACCAAGUAGGUAUAAAACAUACAAGUGCCCUUAUACAGAAAGAAAAAUGGCUAAGAUACAGAACAGUUGGAAUAUUUUAAAACAUGGCUAAUGUAGAGCACUUAAAGUUACAGUACUGAGCCCUUACUUGGGUACUGUAUUAAUCAUCUGAAAGUCAACAAAGCAUUUGUCCACAUUACACCAUGCUAUUCUGUAUUACCAACCCACCAACUCCAGAAUUAAGUAUUUGAUCUCUAUAGUCUUUGCAGUUGUUAUAAAGUUUUGUGGAGUAACACUGUUUGAGCAAACAAUAUGCCAGUUAAUGUAUUUCCCUUGCAAAUUCUUGCCUGCAUCAAUCCUUUCACAGAGACUAGAUUUACACGAUUUAAGGUACAUUUGAAGCAUUCUCUCUCGGAGUUGGUUCAAAUAUAUUACUAUAGAGUUGAAGAAGGCAUAAACGUAUCCCCAACAAGAAUGGAAAGGGAUUUAGCUUGGGUUUUAUAACCUUUGUAGACUAAUGGACAAGGCCAUUAAUAAAACAAACUUAACAGUUUAUGCAAAUGUAGUUGAACAAUGCCAGUAUGUUCUUCUUUUAUAAAAUACUGGUUCCAUAUGUUAGAAGCAAUAGUGGCAUGUUCCCUUUCCAUGGUAAAGUUGUGUAAUUCAUGUUUGAACUGAUUGCAUAGCUAUUAUUGCAUUAAUCCUGUUUACAGUUUCAUAUGAACAAACUCUGACUCUCACCUGUAUGCUUGUAAUUUCCUUUGUUUUCUAUGUAACCUUUGUACAUUAUUAGAAUAGGGCUGACUGGUUCAGACCCUAAUUAAAUAAAUAAAGUUCUUAUU